GGGCUGACAAUAUGGUGGUCGUUCGGAGGGGGUUGAAUCGUGAAACAAUAUCGGCCGGGGCAGCUUCCCACGGGUUGGUGCCACUGGUGGAAAUGCGCGUAAAGCACUACUGGCAGCUGCAAACUCCCCCCCGUCAUCGGAUUAGUCGGCCCUCUUGGUACCCUUGUUGACUCACUCGAGGUGACAUUCGCGAUAUUGCUUUAUUGGCAUGGCCUUUUUGCAUAACCCGCACCGCAAUCUUCUUUGGCUUUUGCGCUGCUUUGCACCGCCUUUCGGUAGUCGUUGCCCUCAGGGCGUCCUUGGCA